AGAUUGCCUUCACUGGAAGAUGCAUUGUCUAAGGUGAGCUCAUCCGAUCCUGCAGUUGUUUCUGCAAUUAUUGAUAAGUUCUCACAGCAACCAGCUCUGAAGGACAAGAGUGCUUACCGCAGACUAGAUAUUAUUGAUAGGUGCUUCUCCAGGAGGUCAGUAGAAGAAAUUUUAUCUGCUCUUGAGGGAGAGGCUGCAAAAGGCACUGAUGAUUGGAUCUCUGCAACAAUUCAGUCAUUGAAGAAAGCAUCACCAAUGAGUCUUAAAAUUUCUCUCAGAUUGAUCAGGGAAGGGAGGGUGCAAGGUGUUGGCCGAUGUCUUAUUCAAGAAUACAGGGUCUGCUGUCAUGUCUUGAGGAAAGAAGUCAGCGAGGAUUUCUUUGAGGGUUGCAGAGCUAUAUUGGUGGAUAAGGACAGAAACCCCAAGUGGGAGCCCUCUCAGUUGGAGCUAAUUAGUGAUGACAUGGUGGAACGAUAUUUCUCGAAGGUAGAUGAUGAGGAAUGGGAAGAUUUAAAGCUCCCAGCUAGGUACAAGCUGCCAGUCUCAGCUAUGGCAAAGCUUUAAAUUCAUUGGACACUAUUGCAAUUAGCAGCAAGGGAGUUAAAAUUAUGUUGAGCAAUGCACUUGCUUCAAUAUACGAUGCUGUGGGGUACCAUCCAUCACAUAAUAAAGGGAAGUUAUUAUCCUUUGCCACACUAGUCCAUGAACUUGCCAGGAAAAGAAUUUCCGCAGUCGUCGAUGAAGACGUCAAUGGAAAGAACCAUUCUAUUUGGCCAAGUCGUGCAGAAAAAUAAACCUUAAUCAAAUCCAUAUGUAUGGAAAACAAAACCAUGGUUUCCAAAUGAAGGGUUGGUUGUUUAUGGAUAUUAGGGCAUCUUCACUUUAAGUACCAUUUAUAUAAUCCGUUCCUUUUUUUUUUUU